CAUUAUGUUACUCAAUAUGGCCAUCAAAAAGAAUUCAUGGCAAUUAAGAUACAUAAUAAAAUUGACAAUAAUGGACAUUUAAUGAAUUUAUAUUACAAGUAUGAAUUUGGUGGCAUGUACAAGCUAAAAAAAACAAACCAUUUACAAAACCAACACAAUAAAGAUUCUAAGAAACUUAAUUGUGAUUGGAAAAUUAACUUGUUAUCAGCAACGGGUUUGGUUCGUAUUACUAGUUUUAAUAAUCACUAUACUGAGCAUCAGCUUUCACCAGACACCAAUAUUUUUGCUCUCAUAAAUCACCAGUUUUCUGAUGAUUAUCAUGAUAAAAUUUGUCACUUAGUUAUAAAUAGCCGAUGUGAUCUAUCAACAAUAAGGUCUUUUAUAACCGCCAAAUAUCCUAAUCAACUUUUUCUAAUACGUGAUCUUGCUAAUAUUGUUGCUCAAUUAUGGCGAGAACAUAGUGUAAAAAGAAAUGAUACGUCACGACUUUUAAUGCAGCUUUAUGAAUAUAAGGAGAUAGAUUCUAAUUGGUAUAUUAAGCCAUUAAUAGAUCCUGUUAGUAAUCGUCUUCAUGAAGUUUUUUGGAUAGACCCGAGUCAAAGAGAAAA